AUCUGAGCUGUAAAAUUCCCAUUGCUUGCCCUCGUAAACAUCUCAGUUGUCUCCCUUAGAAGCCACAUCAUAUCCAUGAUCAUUGAUCCACCCUCCAUUCUUCUAUUUACUUGAUCUUCUUUAAUUUCUUGACUUCUUAGCAGAGAUUUUUGUUGUUUUAGUCGAUUGUUUCAUCGUACUCAGAGGUUUCUGAUUCCGAGGAGAAUAUGUCGGAUCUCAUGAAUAAUUCGGCGAAAGAGGCCGAGACUGUGCCGGCUCCGAUACCGCCACCUCCCGGCGCCGGCGCCCGGGAUGCCGAGAGCCAGACGGCGGCGGGGAUGGGUACCGGAGUGGGGAACAUCGUCCGGCGGUGGAGGAGAGAGGAUUUGCUGAAGAAAUCUUCUUUGGGCGCACGCGCCGCCGCUCUGCUCUUCUCCUUGCUCGCCUUCAUCAUCAUGGCUAGUAAUAAGCAUGGGGAUUGGAAAGAUUUCGACAGAUACGAGGAAUACAGGUAUGUGUUGGCAAUAUCAAUUCUGUCUACGCUGUAUUCUGGACUGCAGACUUUCCGGCAACUCCAUGAACUUUCCACCGGAAGAAUAUACUCUUCCGGACGAAAUUGGGCUAUGAUAGACUUUUUUGGUGAUCAGGUGGCAGCAUACUUGUUAAUAUCCUCAGCAUCAUCUGCAGUGCCAAUGACAAAUAGGAUGAGAGAAAGCAAUGACAACCUAUUUACUGAUUCCUCUGCAUCAGCUAUAAGUAUGGAGUUCUUGGCAUUCCUUGCUAUGGCGAUUUCGGCUGUCAUUUCUGGAUAUAAAUUUUCUCGCCAGUCCUACAUUUGAUUACACCAUCAUACCAGACACUUGUACGAUGAUUCUUUCUGUCAUUAGUUUAUUGUUUUCGUUUGUAGAUUAUACACAUAAACUUUGGCCAUGUACAUGUGUGCUGAAUCUUGGUGUAAAAAGUACAGUUAAUAGAGUUUCAUUUAUCCUCUUCAAAA